CAGAAGAAACACCUCUGGAUCAGAGCACAAGACCUUCAGCAGCACACCAGGCUCAGAGAGAUUCUUCAAGAAUCAAACCUCUUAUUAUGGACAAAUCCAAAGCAAAUGUCUGCUCCAGCCAGUGCCACCCAGCUGAUAAGGGACCAGAUGGUGUCCACACUGACUGCCUGGGCUUUUUUUCCAUGGACUCAAAUGUUCCUGGCCUUUCCAAUGUCAUUCUUGCAAAUCUUAACCUGAAGGACCAGAUGGAGUACAGGUCUGCCUUGGAAGGAACAAAAUAUGGCAAGGACUUUGGAAUCCAUUCUCAUCGCGAGAUGUUUCAGAAGAUUGAGGACACUUUCAAAUUUUGUGCUGAGUGUAAGAAGCUUCCACAAGACCUAAUAGAUCCUGCAGCACUUCGCCGGUGCAAAAGGUGUCAAAAUGUGUACUACUGCAGUGUCAGCUGUCAGAAGGUGAACUGGCCAACUCACAAAGCUUUCUGCAAAAAGCUUCAGCUGGCAGCCAUUGACCGUCUGGUUGAGUGGCUCGUCUUCACAGGAGUUCUUCCUUUCACUACCUGUGCUUGGACCAGGCAGCCGCAUGAGUUGACAGGUUGGGGCGACUGGCUUUCAAUGCAAGAAAAUCUGGAGUAUGAACUUGACAAAGUGCUCAAGAGCGAUCCCAUGAGAAUCCUGUGGUCAAAUGCAGGCAAGCCACGUCCAGAAGACCCGGACCUGAAGGAGUCGGUCAAAAGAGUCACUUCUGAGUUUCUUUCACGGCCCCUGACCAUUGGCUUUGGUCUGAAAACUUUUGGGUUCAAUCCCCUUAAGCAGCCCCUUACCAUCCACGUGGUGGGGGCCUCUCACACAGAGACGUUAAAUGCCCGAGUAACAGACAUGGAUGAGUUGGCUCGCAUGUUCUCUGGAAACCAAGGCCUAGAGGUGGUGAUGGUGGGCCCAGAGGUUGUCAAGGGAGACAUUUCAAGACCCCCUUUAAAGGCUUUAGGGCCUAAAGGAAAAGUCUACCUUAGUGCACAUAAAGAGUUUUACCACAUCUUCUGGGAGAGCAUGGUGGAGACACGGGAAGCUGCACGGCCUGAUUUAGUGGUGGGAUUUCAUCCGGGAUUUCACGCUUCGCAGGGCCUGGCUGAGGGAUGGCUACCCACUUUGCUUCUCCUUAGAGAUUAUCGGAUCCCUUCACUCUUCACUUUCUACAAUGACCUUGAGCUGAAGUACUCCCUGCAGAUCCUGGCAGAGCUCGAGUGCCACAUCAUAACAAGCGGCGCUAAUCCAUGGUGCUCCCUGAAGCCGGAGCAGGUGCAGUCCUGCCCCAACAAGCUGCCCGUCUACUGCAACGGGUAUUACAUAGCUUUCCUUGGUGCGGUGGAGGAAUCUCAAGAAGGGGAAGAUGUGGAAGAGGAAGAGGAACAGCUGAGUCAUUGGCCUCUCUAGUAAUCGUAUAAGCAGGACAAAAGCAGGGCAUGACAAAUGUGCCAGGUGUUUGUUUGUUCUGCAUGAUGGGCACGAAUGCAGGGGCACAAACAGCAGCAUUUGGACACACUGAGCUAAAAGGGCCAAGACUCUGCCUGAGGUCUGCUGCCACUCUUUUUACUGUACAUGCACUUGUCCAGGAAUGUGCUGAUUGAGAUUUUCUACCGCAUGUCUUGUGAAUUCUCUUAGAGUUUUCUUUGGUGUUUCAUUUUUCUCAGGGUUGUAAUAUGAAUUUGUAGCUGACUAGACGGAACUGACCAACACCAGGGACACGAUGGAGUGAGCAUUUCCAAAACAGUGAUGGUUCGAGGAAUC